UCUUCUUCUUCUUCUUCCUUCUUCAGGGCCUCCAUCCGGGACUCGUCCUGCAGGUCAUGUGACUGGUGACACCCCGGGGUCUCUGUAUAAAUAACUUCAGGCUUUUGUGGUGCUGCCAAACUCCAGAAGGGCUGCAAGAAGACGGUUCACUUGAGACUUUGCUCGUCAGUUUGCUUUGCACACAAAGCGGCGCGCAACAGAAAUGGAGCACGUGGACAACUCCACAGUUUCACCCGCGCGGCUCGAGCGCGCGCACAGCAGCGCGGGCUCAGGGGCGGAGCGCGGCGACGGGAACGCGUACCUGUACAUACUGAUAGUCAUGUCCUUCUACGGAAUCUUCCUCUCCGGCAUAAUGCUGGGCUACGUGCGCUCCAAGCGGCGGGAGAAGCGGCGGACCAACGUCUUCACGCGCCUCGUGCACGAGGAGGAGCAGCGGGAGUGGGGCGCGCUGCCCAAGAAACACAGCCUCACCUUUCCCGCCACCGCCGCCGCCGCGUCGGAGCUGCGCGCGCUGCAGCUGGCCCCGCCCUUCUGCAGUAACCACGGAAACCACUUCGCGCACCUCUACUGCGGGAGCACGCUGCCGUCGCCGCUGGCGUGCGCGCUGUGCACGGAGCAGAGCAGCGUCAGCUCGCUGGGCUCGUCCGCGGACACGCGCCUCGCCAUCGAGGAGGAGGAGGUGUUGGACGGCGGCGGCGGCGGCGCCGCGGAGGAGGAGGAGGAAGAAGGGUCGGAGGAGAACGUGAAGCGAGGCCCCGGGAUCAGCGUGCACGAUUCAGGCUGAGCUCACGAUGACAAAACAACAACAACCACGUGUCAGCGCAAAAUAGGUGGCGCAAAGCACCAGCGAUGUAUAAAACCCCUCAGUUUGCCUCAGAAGAAGAAGGCGCCAAAUCACCCGCGAAAGGGCGGGAAUGAACCACCACGACCACGAGGCCUCUGGGAUCUGUGAGGGACACUCGUGAGCAUAGACAUCUAGAUAUAAAGAGCUCGUGGGGGCCACUCUGAAGGUUUAGAUGUGGAACACGACCCACAGGUGGCGAUGUCACCAUUCAAUUCUACACACGCACAUGCACACACACACACACGUACAGCUGCUGAAAUCAUAAAUCCCCAAAUAUCUUAUAUAUAAAAAUAACCAAUAAAGUGAUGCUCUCUACAAACGCAUAGAGUGUGGUAUUAAAAGAAGCGACACCGUUUAAUAGGACUCUUUAUGAUGUCGCCCCCCCCCCCCCUUUGCUUUCUGCUGAUGACUCACCCUGCAGAAGGCUGGCUGUGUUCUUUCUCUCUUUCUGUAUUUUCUUUGGGGGGGGGCUAUAUGGACUGAACCUGACCUGCUCUCGCCAACUCGGUCUUGAGUGCGAAACAAACCUGGAACCCACUUGAAGGACAGUCUGCGAUGUGCUGAAGCUCCGCGAUGGACUCGCUGAUCUAUCGGUUUACUUGACCACGUGCACUGUGCGUGUUGUCCGUGCGCGUGUUUCGCUUCACGAGUCUUGAUUUGAGUCUUUGCUGUGCUUCGGAAAUAAAAAUGCUUAUGAAUUGACA